AUGGCGGGAUCCAGUCCAUCGGAAAUCAUCUUUAUCGCCAUCAAUAACAGCAUCACCUUGAUAGGAAAAGUGUGGUUCGUUGUGAUGAUCUUUCUACGCGUCCUGAUCCUCCUCCUUGCUGGUUACCCUCUCUACCAGGAUGAACAGGAACGAUUUGUAUGCAACACCAUUCAACCAGGCUGUGCCAACGUUUGCUAUGAUAUAUUUUCUCCGAUAUCCCUUUUCCGCUUCUGGCUGGUGCAACUAGUCACCUUAAGUCUGCCCUACAUCAUCUUUGCAAUCUAUGUGAUCCAUAAGGUGUCAAAUGGCCUCACUGUUACUAUGAGCUCCUCGGGUCCAGGUGAAACUGUUCAACUUUACAAGAUCCAGCAAGAGCUGUUCGUCAAGACCGCUGGAAAAAAGAAGUCUCCAGGAGUGGAGCGAGGGUCGAUCCGAUACUUCACAGGUGCAUACAUACUUCAGUUGAUGUUACGGACCUUUCUGGAGGUGGGAUUUGGGGCGGCUCACUACUACAUGUUUGGUUUCUACAUCCCCAGGAGGUUUCUGUGCCAGCAUCCUCCAUGCACAACCCAGGUGGACUGCUAUAUCUCCAGACCCACUGAGAAGACUGUGAUGCUCAACUUUAUGCUUGGGGUGGCGGCCUUGUCUCUUUUCCUAAAUGCUCUGGAUUUUAUUUGUGCCAUCAAGCGCUCCGUGAGGCAGAAGAGGAGGACAAAGGUGAUGGAGAUUGUUGAUGAGGACAAGCACAAUUUCCUGGGGACCCUGAAUCCAAAUUCUACCUUGAGUCAUCAAGCUCCGGAAAUAGAUGCUGAUCAAAAAGGGAGUUUCCGGAAGAGGCAAGGCAGCAGGGGUUCUUGCAAAGGGGGGGCAUUCGGAAUAAUUCAGGAUGCACCCUCUGCCCUUCACCAUUCGGAACCUCUGGGCUGCAACGCCAAUGGAAACAAUGGCUACUCUGCUUCCCCAGAGGAGGCUCUUGAGAAGGAAGGCGACGAGCGGGCUCUCUGUCCCUUAGAGCUGACAGGGAACCCCAAAGCCAUUUCUGUUAAUAAACGCAGCAGCCUCAAACCUCCGCCACCCCCCAGGCGGGACCUCAGGGUGUUACCACGAGCCAACAGAGAUGAACCCGCAGCAACAGGAGCCUGCACGAGGAGGAUUGGUCAGUACACUUUGGUGGAGCUGGGCAGUGGUGCAGAACUAUCUAAUGAUGAAGGUCAGGAGAAAAGAUCCGAGUGGGUGUGA